GGGCUGCUGCGGGAGAAGGGGCUCCGAGGAGUCCGCCGCGGCUCGCUCUGUCGCCGGCGCGGGAUUGGGGCGCGAGGGCCAUGGGCGCGCUCUCCUAAGGCGGAGGUCGCGGGCGGGAGGGGAGGAGGCCGGAGAGAGGCUGCUGCGAAGGCCGCGGGCCAGUGACUGGGCGCGAGGCGGCCGGCGGCGGCGGCGGCACCAGCACCACCAUGUCGCGCUCAGUGCUGCAGCCCAGUCAGCAGAAGCUGGCGGAGAAGCUCACCAUCCUCAACGACCGGGGCGUCGGCAUGCUCACCCGCCUCUACAACAUCAAGAAGGCAUGUGGAGACCCCAAGGCAAAACCAUCCUAUCUUAUCGACAAAAACCUGGAAUCUGCUGUGAAAUUCAUAGUCAGAAAAUUCCCUGCUGUAGAAACCCGCAACAACAAUCAACAGCUUGCACAACUACAGAAAGAAAAAUCAGAGAUUCUGAAAAAUCUGGCAUUAUAUUACUUCACAUUUGUAGAUGUUAUGGAAUUUAAGGACCAUGUUUGUGAAUUGCUGAAUACUAUUGAUGUUUGCCAAGUCUUCUUUGAUAUUACUGUAAACUUUGAUUUAACAAAGAACUACUUAGAUUUAAUUAUAACCUAUACAACACUAAUGAUACUGCUGUCUCGAAUUGAAGAAAGGAAGGCAAUCAUUGGAUUAUACAACUAUGCCCAUGAAAUGACUCAUGGAGCAAGUGACAGAGAAUACCCACGCCUUGGCCAGAUGAUUGUGGAUUAUGAAAACCCUUUAAAGAAGAUGAUGGAAGAAUUUGUACCCCAUAGCAAGUCUCUUUCAGAUGCACUAAUUUCUCUUCAAAUGGUAUAUCCUCGAAGGAAUCUUUCAGCUGACCAGUGGAGAAAUGCCCAGUUAUUGAGCCUCAUCAGUGCACCUAGUACAAUGCUUAAUCCAGCGCAGUCCGACACUAUGCCUUGUGAAUACCUCUCUUUGGAUGCAAUGGAAAAGUGGAUUAUCUUUGGCUUUAUUUUGUGCCAUGGGAUCCUAAAUACUGACGCUACAGCACUGAACCUUUGGAAACUAGCUCUUCAAAGUAGCUCUUGCCUCUCUCUCUUUCGGGAUGAAGUUUUCCACAUUCACAAAGCUGCAGAAGACUUAUUUGUAAACAUACGAGGCUAUAAUAAACGUAUUAAUGACAUAAGAGAAUGCAAGGAGGCAGCCGUGUCACAUGCUGGUUCAAUGCACAGAGAAAGACGCAAGUUUUUAAGAUCUGCACUGAAGGAAUUGGCUACUGUUCUCUCUGAUCAACCUGGAUUGCUAGGUCCCAAGGCACUUUUUGUUUUUAUGGCAUUAUCCUUUGCCCGUGAUGAAAUCAUCUGGCUACUUCGUCAUGCAGAUAACAUGCCAAAGAAGAGUGCAGACGACUUUAUAGAUAAGCACAUUGCUGAAUUAAUAUUUUACAUGGAGGAACUUAGAGCACAUGUGAGGAAAUAUGGACCUGUAAUGCAGAGGUAUUACGUGCAGUACCUUUCUGGCUUUGAUGCUGUUGUCCUCAAUGAACUCGUGCAGAAUCUUUCUGUUUGCCCUGAAGAUGAAUCAAUCAUCAUGUCCUCUUUUGUUAACACUAUGACUUCCCUAAGUGUAAAACAAGUUGAAGAUGGGGAAGUAUUUGAUUUCAGAGGAAUGAGAUUAGAUUGGUUUAGGUUACAGGCAUAUACUAGUGUCUCAAAGGCUUCACUUGGCCUUGCAGAUCACAGAGAACUUGGAAAGAUGAUGAAUACAAUAAUUUUUCACACAAAAAUGGUAGAUUCCUUGGUGGAAAUGUUGGUGGAAACAUCAGAUCUCUCCAUAUUUUGUUUUUAUAGUCGUGCUUUUGAGAAGAUGUUUCAGCAGUGUUUGGAGUUACCCUCUCAAUCAAGAUACUCAAUUGCAUUUCCACUACUUUGCACUCAUUUUAUGAGUUGCACGCAUGAACUGUGUCCAGAAGAGCGACAUCAUAUUGGAGAUCGCAGUCUUUCCUUAUGUAAUAUGUUCCUAGAUGAAAUGGCCAAACAAGCUCGAAAUCUCAUCACUGAUAUUUGCACAGAACAGUGUACCCUUAGUGACCAGUUGCUGCCCAAGCAUUGUGCCAAAACUAUCAGUCAAGCAGUGAAUAAGAAAUCAAAAAAGCAGACUGGUAAGAAAGGGGAACCUGAAAGGGAGAAACCAGGUGUUGAGAGCAUGAGGAAAAACAGGCUGGUUGUGACCAACCUUGAUAAAUUGCACACUGCACUUUCUGAGUUAUGCUUCUCUAUAAAUUAUGUACCAAACAUGGUGGUAUGGGAACAUACCUUUACCCCACGAGAAUAUUUGACUUCUCAUCUGGAAAUACGCUUUACCAAGUCAAUUGUUGGGAUGACUAUGUAUAAUCAAGCCACACAGGAAAUUGCAAAACCUUCAGAACUUCUAACAAGUGUAAGAGCAUACAUGACCGUACUCCAGUCAAUAGAAAACUAUGUGCAGAUUGAUAUUACAAGAGUAUUUAAUAAUGUGCUUCUUCAACAAACACAACACUUAGACAGUCAUGGAGAGCCAACCAUUACAAGUCUAUACACAAAUUGGUAUUUGGAAACUUUGUUACGACAAGUCAGCAAUGGCCAUAUAGCAUAUUUUCCUGCAAUGAAAGCAUUUGUGAACUUACCUACAGAAAAUGAAUUAACAUUCAAUGCAGAGGAAUAUUCUGACAUAUCAGAAAUGAGGUCAUUAUCAGAACUACUAGGCCCAUAUGGUAUGAAGUUUCUAAGUGAAAGCCUUAUGUGGCAUAUUUCAUCACAAGUUGCUGAACUUAAGAAACUUGUGGUGGAGAAUGUUGAUGUGUUAACACAAAUGAGGACCAGCUUUGACAAACCAGACCAGAUGGCUGCACUCUUUAAAAGAUUAUCAUCUGUUGACAGUGUCUUGAAGAGGAUGACAAUAAUUGGUGUAAUUUUAUCCUUCCGAUCAUUGGCACAAGAAGCACUUAGAGAUGUCUUAUCCUACCACAUUCCUUUUCUUGUAAGUUCAAUCGAAGAUUUUAAGGAUCACAUUCCAAGGGAAACUGAUAUGAAGGUUGCAAUGAAUGUGUAUGAGUUAUCAUCAGCUGCCGGAUUACCUUGUGAGAUUGAUCCUGCAUUGGUCGUAGCUCUUUCUUCACAAAAAUCGGAAAACAUUAGUCCAGAAGAAGAGUAUAAAAUUGCCUGCCUUCUCAUGGUGUUUGUGGCAGUUUCUUUGCCAACACUGGCCAGUAAUGUGAUGUCUCAGUACAGCCCUGCUAUAGAAGGGCAUUGCAACAACAUACAUUGCUUGGCCAAAGCCAUCAACCAGAUUGCUGCAGCUUUGUUUACAAUUCACAAAGGAAGCAUUGAAGACCGUCUUAAAGAAUUUCUGGCGCUUGCAUCCUCCAGUCUACUGAAAAUUGGCCAGGAGACAGAUAAAACUACAACAAGAAAUAGAGAAUCCGUUUAUUUACUGCUAGAUAUGAUUGUACAAGAAUCUCCAUUCCUUACAAUGGAUCUUUUGGAAUCUUGUUUUCCUUAUGUCUUGCUGAGAAAUGCAUACCAUGCUGUCUACAAACAAAGUGUUACAUCUUCUGCAUAAAAUUACCUACUUACUCAAGACAAGCACGCAUUUUUGUUGCCUUGGUUUUACCUGUAGACUGUGGAACUAUUUUACCUUAAGACCUGAAAAAGUUUUGUGGAUUAUAAAUUUCUUUCAUACGGUUGUAUUUUCUGAUCAUUGGUUUCUUAAUAUGGUUGUACUACAGUAUACUUGGUUGAUUUAGGUUGCACAUUCACUGAAUUCACUGAGAUUAUUCCUAUAAUUUUAAAGUAUCAUUUAUUUGAAAAACAUACAUUAUCAACAUGUUUUUGAUAUUUGAUAAUGAAAAAAAUCUUUGCUUGUUUAUUUCUGAAAAAGAACUGUAUUUAGUGAUUAUUUUAGAUAGUGAUAUUAUAGCAUUCAUCUGUGUGUAAAUUAUUUCAUAUAGGGAAGAGUUCUGAUCUGUACCUAUGGUUCUUAUUGAAAACAAAAUUGGAUGUGCAUUUCUGUGAUGUUAUGAAUACAUUUCUACUUUAUUUUGAAACAUUUGCCAAACUAAAUACUAGAACACUGUAUAACAUUUAAAAAUGUUAAAGAACUGCUUAGUAUUAGAAGCAGAUGAUUUCCCAAAAUUCUAAAAACAGCAGCAUAUGUUGUUGCUUGUAUAAAGCCUAGCGAUAAUUUUUAGACUAACUUCCAUGGUGCCCUGUUGGCAUUAGCACUACCAUUGUACCCUGCUGUAUAAUAAAAAAUCUUAGACAUUUAUCAACUGUUGAUACAAAUGUUAGUCCCUAACCACUUUUUAUAUAUGUUUUAAAUUUUUGAAAUUCAAGUGUACCUGCCAUAACAUAAAAUAAACACUAGACUGUAUCACA